UAUUCGAACGAGGUUGUACCAUUUAUCUCAUUUCCUUAAGUUGGCUUUCACAUUUUCGCGCCUGCGGCUUAGAUUGAUACAUCCUCCAAGAAUAGCAUACAAGAGGAGCCACGUUACAUACGACUCCACUCAUCUCAUUCCACCCCGUUCGCUCUGACUCAACCCCCACUUAAACCACAACCCAUGUCUCCGUCAUCUCACAUGGCGUCCUCAUCCCAGGUAUCCCCCUGGUCUGGCUCUCCGGCGCUUCUCAUGCGCUUGGCAGUACCCCAAUGCUCGUUCCCAUCCUCCGCACACCCGCGGAGAGCUUCGCAGCCGAUUACACCAACGACUCUGGCGCAGACGCAGCACUGAGCAUAACCGUGUUGACGAAACUGAGGUUCCGAAGAUGUACACACAACGCACAUGUCUUCAUACGACAGAAAGACCUCGACAUGGACGCCUUACAGCAGUAUCGACGACUUGCAGUUCGAAUUUUCGAUGCUCGACCCUCACAUCCGCACUUCUCUGCCGCCUGUCCCUGGAUCCCCUGGUACAUACCAGGUCCAGUUCCGUGCUCCUGACAGACACGGUUGUGUUCUAAUUCGUCUUGAACUGGAAGAGGAAGGGGUCCUCAUCCUUCUCGUCGAGCAUGACUGUCCCCAUCGUGCCACCGAGACAUGAUGAAUGCCCUCGCUUCUUGAGCGUUGCAUGGCCAUACUACACAGGAUCCAUCAGCACGAGUGUCGGAUUUUUCCUUUUUGCAGCUUCAUGGCUUACAAGAGACGUCAAAGGCGGCCAAAGCAGAGUAAAUACUUACCGGCGCCUGGUUAUGGAGCAAGCGAAAUGUACUGAACCCAUCGCUGAUACUUAGUUCGCCUGUAUAUCUCGCAGAAGAUCUGGUUGUGCAACCUAAGCAACAACUUUAAAGCGGAAUGUAUGUAUGGGUGCGAUAUACAUAUCAUGACUUUGCAGGUGGGGCCCGGAACACUUUGCGUAGGUUGUCACAAACGACGCCUGGACUUUCGGCGGCGUCGAUACCAUGCCACAGGUACUCUAUGUAUUCGG